AUCGAACCUGAAGCGGCUCCCGCGGUCUCCCCCGAUAUUAACUCACACGCGUCACUUGAAGCCAUCACUCGUCCGCCGAAGCGAAAACGGUGUGCAAACACGACGGUCGACGAAGUCUGUGUUAAGAGAAGGCGAUUGUCUGACAGUCCGAGCGAUGCAUCGCAGCUCAAAGACGGGAUUCCUUUCGGACCUCACCCUAGAUGCAUGAUCACGGGCUUCGUGUCCGCCGAGGUGGAGGCGUGCUAUAUCCUGCCUCCCGACACGCCUCAGCCGUUGGUCUACACAUACCACGUCACCGUAGAGGACGAGCAGCCUCCAGACUCGGGCACCCCCCAGGAUCAUACCAUUAUACCUCUAGCUACUACCGCUGCUUGCUCGUAUCGCUCGCUGGGGUGGCACGAGCUGAGUGCUAAUCUGCAUCUGAUGACCAUUCGAGUGGGUCGUGAAUUCAUGAAGCGACCGCUGCACUACGAGCAUGUGUUCCCUAUGGACGCUCUUGUACAUAUACCCAUCAUCCGGCUAGCCCACCCAGAUGAGGUCGAGCCGGUCUCCUCCCACAUUGAACAAGAGUCGUCAGUCGAAGUCAUUCCCCGCCUGCCGAAGCGGAAACGCAGCCUGGACACAGAGCCCGAUGAAGUCCCUGCCAAGAGAAUGCGCACAUCACGCAACGCGUCCAAGCUCGAGGACGGUGUUCCUUUUGGACCUCACCCGAGGUGCAUGAUCACCGGCUGCGUAUCUGCUGAUGUAGAGGGGUGCUAUAUCUGGCCUCUAGACAUGCCUCAGCGACUGAUCGACAACUUGAUGUCCAGCAUCCGUGGCAACUACAAUACCCUGCGUUGUCAUGCACCUCGAAAUAUUAUAUUCCUUCGGCGCAACCUCCGAGAGCUGUGGGAAACAAACCGUUUGUUGAUGAUACCCCAUCCUGAUCAUUUGAAGAAGCUUGAAUAUCGCACUGUGUAUAAGUAUUGCGUCAUCGCAGAGGACGAGCACCCUCCAGACUCAUGCGCAACCAUGGGGAACCCCAUCGCGCCUUCCGUCAUGAUGGCCCCUUGCUCAUAUCGCUCGCUCGGGUGGCAUGAGUUGAAUGCCAAUAUCGGUCUGAUGGUAUUUCGAGCGGGACAGAAAUUGAGCAAGCGACCAUUCCACUACAGGCAUAUUUUGCGGGAGCUGCUGCCCCACAAGGAGAUCAAUCAUACAUAUGAGAUAGUCUCCCGGUAUAAGUUGUGGACGGCCCCCCUGCAUCGCGAGAUAGUACGCGGCAGGCGGUUGUGGGCAACAGGCGAGCUCGCACCCUUCCCUGAUGGUUAUUUCCGCUGCUUCAGCACGCGGUAUUGCUCUCCCCUGCCGGAUGACGAUGCUGUCCGCUUUCCUUGCCCAUUUCGGCCGGUCGUCUCAGGGAUAAAGAGGAAACGAUCUGGUCACACCAGGGCGGACAUUGAGAUCUACACCGCGAAGGAAGAUGCUCAACGCGAGACGAGUGGACGAUGGGACCGCCUGCGGAACGUACGGACGCAGAGUUGCUCGCUUAUCGACAAGAGGACGCCAGCAAUGUGCUGCCUGCUGCGCAAAAAUCUUGGUUGGUGGAAAAUCAUUUUGCAAAAGUUUCCUUCCGGUCGCCGCGGUAACUAUAUGCGUGGUCCUUGCGAGAUGCGAAACAACGUCUUCCAGCCGUCGGUUCUGGUUCUUCAAGUAACGAUCCCUUCACAUAAGGCUGAACGCGGUAUAACUGCCAGACAUCAAGACCUGACCUACUUCGCUUUUCAAACCCGGGAGUGCUUAGCACACUCGAGGAGAAUGGGCCGUGCUGCUUCACAACUGCUAGCAGCAUGA